GGCGGCGGAGGCGGCGGCGGGGAAGGAACCCGGAGCGCCGAGGCCAGGCAGCCUCAAGAAUGGCGACCCAUGAAGCAUUCUACUGAAAAUAAAAUCAGCCUACACGACCAUUGUUCCCUUGCUCUGGUUUUGUUUCAGAAAAGCAGAGUUUUCUGGGACUCGAUGGGUAAAAUUGAACGACAGACGAAUGUGAUAGGCUGAAAUCUGGAAUUUCAUUUAAACUAACUAGCAAUGUUGGACACUUUCCCACCAUGCCGACGACAUUUUAAGUAUGUCAGCUUUUUAAAAGUUUAACUAAAGGAAACCUCUAAGACAUCGUACCCGAGGACCAAAGUGCAGCCACCAAUUAUCAGACUUUCAGGAUGAAUCUGGAAAAACUCAGCAAGCCUGAACUCCUGACGCUGUUCAGUAUUCUUGAAGGAGAACUUGAAGCAAGAGACCUUGUUAUAGAAGCUUUAAAGGCCCAACACAGAGAUACUUUCAUCGAAGAACGCUAUGGAAAAUACAACAUCAGUGACCCUCUAAUGGCUCUUCAGAGAGAUUUUGAAACACUGAAGGAGAAAAAUGAUAGUGAGAAGCAGCCAGUGUGCACAAACCCCCUCUCUAUCCUCAAGGCAGUGAUGAAGCAGUGCAAGAACAUGCAGGAGCGCAUGCUGUCCCAGCUGGCCGCUGCCGAGAGCAGGCACCGCAAGGUGAUCCUCGACCUUGAAGAAGAAAGACAGAGGCAUGCACAGGACACCGCUGAAGGAGAUGAUGUCACCUACAUGCUGGAGAAGGAGAGAGAGAGACUGACGCAGCAGUUGGAAUUUGAAAAGUCCCAAGUGAAAAAGUUUGAAAAGGAACAAAAGAAGCUGUCCAGUCAGCUGGAAGAGGAGCGCUCCCGCCACAAGCAGCUGUCGUCCAUGCUGGUUCUCGAGUGCAGGAAGGCCUCCAGCAAGGCCGCCGAGGAAGGGCAGAAGGCUGGGGAGCUGAGCCUGAAACUGGAGAAGGAGAAGAGCCGGGCCAGUAAACUCGAGGAAGAGUUGGCAGCUGAGAGGAGGCGAGGCCUGCAGACAGAGGCCCGGGUGGAGAAGCAGCUGUCUGAGUUUGACAUCGAAAGGGAGCAGCUGAGAGCCAGACUGAACCGAGAGGAGAACCGGACCCGUGCCCUGAAGGAGGAGAUGGAGAACUUGAAGAGGCUUGUGAAAGACCUAGAGGCAGCUCAGCAGCACCGCAGCACCAGUGAGCAGGGCAGGGAGCCAGGGACCACGUCCAGAGGCACAGCCACAGAGCCUCCCAUGCGAGUGUCCGUGUUUUGCCAAACAGAGAGUAUCCAGACAGAAAGAGGCCACGGGAGCGUCAUAACCAAGCUGACAGACACUGGUCUUCCAGGUCCCACCACGGCUACUUACUCAUAUGCAAAAGCUAAUGGCCACUGUGACCCAGAGACACAGACUACCAGGGAGUUGACCUCAGAGGGCAGCACAGAAAACCAAGGGCCACCACGGGAGAAAGCUGUAGUAUCGGCCCAGGAGAAACCACUGGAGAAUGGUGGGUGUCCUGUAGGAACUGAGACUCCAGUCACAAUGCCCAGUCACCUCCCUUCCAGUGGCAGCUCACUGUCUCCAAGUAGCACUGCCUCUUCCUCUCUGACAUCAUCUCCUUGCUCUUCACCGGUUCUAACCAAGCGUCUCUUGGGGUCAUCCGUCAGCAGCCCAGGCUACCAGUCUUCUUACCAAGUAGGGAUCAAUCAGCGCUUCCAUGCAGCUCGGCACAAAUUUCAGUCCCAGGCAGAUCAGGAUCAGCAAACCAGCGGCCUCCAGAGCCCUCCGUCCAGGGACCUGUCCCCUACCCUGUUAGACAAUUCUGCUGCCAAACAGCUGGCCCGAAACACAGUCACUCAGGUGCUCUCCAGAUUCACCAACCAAGGGCCAAUUAAGCCAGUCUCUCCCAACAGUUCUCCCUUUGGAACAGACUACCGAAAUUUGGCUAGCACUGCCAGCCCAAGAAGUGACACCAGCCAUUCACCUACUCCAGGGAAAGUGUCCAGUCCUCUGAGCCCCCUCUCUCCAGGAAUCAAGUCCCCAACCAUCCCCAGAGCUGAGAGAGGAAACCCUCCACCGAUCCCACCCAAAAAACCUGGCCUCACCCCUUCACAAUCUGCAACCACUCCAGUGACCAAGACUCAUUCCCAGGCAUCCUCCUUGCCCACCACAGAAGACCUUGCCAGCAGCUGCUCUCCCAGUGCCGUGGUGGCCAAUGGCAAAGAUGUUGAGAUACUUUUGCCUACCAGCAGCUAGUCCCUAGGAGUGAGUCUCCACAUUUGACAUUCCAUCAGACUUUGUCCAAGAGCGCAGAGUUAAACCCUGGAGUCAGAUCAUGUUAUUUAUUUGAUAGUAGCUACAGCCAUCUGUAUAAUACAUUCAGUGUAUUUACCUUUUUGUAUUUUUUUAAGUAGAAAUUGAGUACUUUGGAUUUUUAUGACUCACCUCUUUGUACUAAGCUAGAAGGGGACCUCAGACAUUGUACAUCUCAAGCUCAACGUCACCAGCAUGCUGCGAUGGGGAAGCUGACUGAGGACCAGGCAGGCGGUGGUCUGCUGUCAGUUUAGGAGCUAGAAUUACUCAGCACUCAUUUCAAAUUAUGCAGAAGCAGUUCGUGCAGAUUUUUAUUCCAGAUGAACAUGUUUUAAAAGUGCCUGAAAUCGACUGCCACAGGAAUGUGAUUCAGCGGCAGAAACAAAAGACAGAGCAUUUCUUGCAGCAAAUGAGAUCCUCUGUGAAUCUGAAUGUCAAAAACCAACACUGCUUUUAAUCCUCUCUGACUGUUUAAUGGCAGCUUUGUGUUCUGAACCGAGGUUUGCAUAAGUAGGAUGGAAACCCUUCUGAAGGGCAGGAACUCUGUCCGGCCAAGCCCUGUAAAGCCUCGAGAAACCCUCCAGAGCACGUAGCAGUUGGGGUGCUGAUUUUCUUGUGCUUUUGAAAAAUUAAGUCAUUCUCUGUUUCCUGCAUCAGUUCUUAAAUAGUGAAAUCACAUCUCCAUUCAAAACCAUCCUCAGGCAUCGGCCAUGGGAACUUCUGGUUCCGGUUGCCUUUACUUGAGUAGGAAGUGACACAAUGAACUCUUGAUUCUGUGAUCAAAAAGCAAUAACUUAAAAGUCACUCUUUGUAAUAUUGUAAGUCAGAAUUAUAUAGAUUUUACCAAAUUGUUACAUUUACUCUCCAUGCUGCCAGCACUUCUAUCUAUGGAACCAAAUUAACUUUUGCCCAAAUGGAAAUAUACCUAUAUCUGUAUAGAUACAUGCCCCUUUUACAUGUUCACCAUUCUCACACUCAAGCACAUAAGUAUUAGUGUGAUUGUAUCUCUGGAGUUUGCAGUGUAGCAUAAAGGACAAAAAUUGCAUGUUAAGAUUACCUACCAAAGCAAUUAGAUGUGACUUGGAGCCAGUCAGGCAACAGAGGAAUCUAUUUGACAAGGAAGUGGACAAUCCCAAAUGAAGCUCACAUCAUCACUAAGUAGUCCUAGUGCCACAGAACUGAACUACCAAGUGAGUGAGUGAGAGAGAGACAGCGCGGUCUCCCAAGUGCUGCCCACUCGGGAAUAGAGGAGACAGUAUCAGGCCCCAGCAGCCCAGCCCCGUGUAACAGGGCCACCACUUCGAACCCCAGCUCCUGCCAUACAAACAUUGCAGAUCAAGGUUACCAACUCUCUAAACUUUCAUGGAAUUGAGAUUCCCACAAGAAGAUUCUCAUUCUGAUUUUAAAUGUUUUUAAAUGAUGCUGGUCAGACAAACAUGGCUACAGCCUCUCCCUUCCUAGAACCUGUGCCGUUUCCCUUGUGGUGAGUCUGUAUAGAUAGAAACCCCCAGGCUUCUCCACUGUGUCAGCUACGUCUGACCAAGUCCCCAGAACGGUCUCGCUCUUGGCAAGCAGAACUCCCGACAGACCAGCUCAGGACACUAGUUACACAGUUUUGUAUCCAGAGUGGGAGAGAGGAAGGCCUUGGUGUCUUUACAUACAUUGUUCUGGCCAGCAUCUACCUAGAAGCCCCUGGCCUGCUGUAACUGUUUAUUGGGAAGGAGAAUGGGUGAUCAUGUGAGAAUACCUGGUCAUGUGUUUGCAAAACCCAAGGAUUCGGUGGACCCAUCCAGAUAACUCACAAGAAAUUAGACAUUGAUUUUCUCCUUAAACCACAGAGCUGAAAACAAAAGUCUCCCUAAUAACUUAACUAGUAACUUUUACUUAUAUUCUUAAUAGCCCAUUGAGUCAGUGGGCAAGAGGCAGGUGAUUAAGAUCUUGGUGGGCAAGUCAACAACAGAGUAUGCUGUUGACUCUGCCGCUUCCAGUUCAAACGGUUAUGGUCAGUGCAUGGCCCAUGAAAGCAGGACUGGUGGCCUGGGGUGUCUCCUGCAGUGAUGGAGACUUGUGAAACUGCCCUGAGCUGUCCUGCAUUGGAUUCAUUCCUGUUGUGGAGCCAAAACGGACCAGUGAUGAUCAGACGCUGAACCUUCUCAUCAGGAGAGACUGUAGUGCCUGAGUGUUCUUACCUCUCUUGCUUUAAAUGGUAAUCUUAAAAGUUGCAUUGUGCUCUUCCUCUGUUUGGAGAUAGAUAUAUAUAUAGAGAGAGAAAGAGAAAUGCUAUGAGAAAGUUUAUUUCUUAGGGGGUGCACUGAACAAUAUUUCUUUUACAGUAUAAUACAGGGGUGGGAUAUGCAAAAGAAAUGUGUAUUUUUGCUAGUUCCUAUCUUCUGAGAUAAUAAGCACAAUCCUGAAAUGGAUCCAGUAACGCAGCUAGAUAUUAUAGAUUAGUAUUUCAGUUUGCAGUAGAUUGUGAGUGUGUGUGCUAAGUAAAACUUCCAUGAUUCACAAUUUGGGUAUUAAUCAUGUCAGAGAAGCUGUUACUGCUCAGCAGAGUCUAAUGAUGUGCUAGUGUAACACAAGCAUUAACUAGGCGUUAACAUUUGUAGGGCCAAAUGUACCAUGCAGAAGCCUUCAUUUUUAUAGCAGACUACAUUAAAACAAGUUAAAUCAUAA